CUCUCACUUCAACGUCACAGAUUAGCUCCGCCAAGGCCAAGAGCAGCAGCCAUGUCGCCGCCCCCGCUUCCUCCUCUGCCGCCGCGGCCGAGUCGCCUGACCCUCGAUCCCAGUCCCGGCGCAUCCGCCUCCAAGCGCCGGCUCCUAUUCCUCCCGGGGACCACUCCCGCGCCGUCGAGCAGGCGGCGCCACCCUGGCCGCGUCACCAUGGAGCACAUCAUGGAGGUCAUCGGCAGCAUUCGGAGCGUCGUCCGCGGUGAGACCGGCGCGAUGGAGACGGACGCGGGCGCGCGCACUCCCUUCAAGCGCCGCCUCGACCACACCCAGUACACCUCCUCCACCCCGAAGAGCAGGCGCCACCCUGGCCGCGUCACCAUGGAGCACAUCAUGGAGGUCAUCGGCAGCAUCCGGAGCGUCGUCCGCGGCGAUACCGGCGCGACGGAGACGGACGCGGGCGCGCGCACUCCCUUCAAGCGCCGCCUCGACCACACCCAGUACACCUCCUCCACCCCGAAGAGCAGGCGCCGCCUCGCCGACUCCCCGUACACCUCCUCCAGCCGCCGAGUCGACGACUCCCCGUACACAUUCACCCCCAAGAGCAGGCGCCGACUCGCCGACUCCUCCCCGUACACCUUCACCCCGCGCCGCCGCGCCGCGGAGGAGCACCCGGUCGAGGUGAUCGGCCGCAUCCGGAACCUCACCGCCGACGCAUCUGCCCUAGAGGUCGGCGCGACGUCCGUGCGCGUGCGCGUGCCCUCCCACGACGCGGGGGGCGGCCGCGAGUUCGCCCUCGACGGCGUGUCCGCGUCGGAGGAGGAGGGCCUGGAGGGGUUCUACGGCCGGUUCGUGCGGUCGAGGGUGGAGGGCGUGCGGGCGGGCGCCAAGUGCACGGUCAUGGUCUACGGCCCCACGGGGUCCGGCAAGAGCCACACCAUGUUCGGCUGCGCCGACCAGCCCGGCAUCGUCUUCCGGGCGCUCUGGGACGUACUGGGAGGAGGCGGCGGCAACGGCUGCGACCCCGUCCGGGUGUCCUUCCUGGAGAUUUACAACGAGGAGGUCUACGAUCUGCUCGCCGGAACCGGAGGAGCCAACGCCAAAGGACCCAAGCCCAAGGUGAGGCUAGAAGUAAUGGGAACCAAAGCCAGGAAUGCCACAUACAUUUCUGAAAAUGAAGCUGGGAAGAUAGCAAAAGAAGUCGUCAAAGUGGAGAAGCGACGUGCUGUGAAGAGCACACAUUGUAAUGCGAGGAGUUCCCGGAGCCACUGCAUGAUAAUCGUGGAUGUGCCGUCAGUGGGAGGAAGGCUCAUGCUUGUUGACAUGGCUGGCUCCGAGAACAUAGAAGCUGUAGGCCAAACUGGCCAUGAAGCCAAAUCUGAGACCGGAACUAUCAACGUAGGAAACACCACAUUGAAACGGGUGGUUGAGUCGAUUGCCAACGGCGACUCUCAUAUACCAUUUCGGGACAGCAAGCUCACAAUGCUGUUACGGGAUUCAUUUGAAGACAAGAGAUCAAAAAUCCUUAUGAUCCUGUGUGCAAGUCCUGACCCAAAGGAACUUCACAAGACGAUAUCCACCCUGGAGUAUGGGGCUAGAGCGAAAUGCAUCACCCGGGCUGCUCAUGCAUCAAUACCAAGGGACAAGGUGAGCUCCAAAGAGGCCCACAAUGCGAUAAGGUUGAAAGAUGAGGAGCUGGCGCGGCUGAGGACGAAGCUCAGUCUGGUGGAAGCACGGGAGGCAACUGCGCAGGAGGAAGUGAUCAGAGUUGCCGAGGAGACUCAGUUCCUGUGGGGUGAGCUAAGGACAACAGAAGACAAGCUCCUUAUGCAGCAGCAAGAACUCAUUGCCAUGAAGCAGCGGCUGCAAGAGGUCGAGCGUGAGAAGCUAUGCAUGGAUGAAUAGUCUCCCUUUCCUGGAGGUUCCUGAUUAGACUUACCAUCUUUUUGCAAAACUUGGGCUGGAGGUGGACUACCCAUGAGUAGACUGGCUACAUCUAGAUUGCAUAUCCUUGUGCUAUCUGUUUUGAAUAUAUUUUGACACUGCUUAAGUUGACGAUCUCUGCUCUAAGUUCAUGAUUUAGUUAAAACAUGUUCUGCUCAAC